AUGAGCUCAACCAUUUACCAUGCCAUGAACUCAGUUGCCUGGCUCAAGAAGAACUGUUGCGAGCUCAUAGGUAUUGGCCAGCAUUAUGUCGACUUCGCCAACGGGGUCAGUGGCCAUCAUAGGCACAUGCUAGCAUUCUUGGAAACGAUGUUGGCUAGUCAAUUCAACUUCCACAGCAACUUGCUCAUGCAGCACGAAGCACAGUCAACUCUGGCCAUCUCAAAGGCGUCCCAGAAUAUCGCGGCGGCGAGCCAAAAAGAUGCUCUAUCCAUGAAGACAGUAUCAUAUCUCACGUUUGUGCAGGCAAACAAGACGCUGGCCAGUGCCUCGAGCGGCUUCAGUUUCUUCGGCGGACGAGAGACUAAGUAUCAGGAUGCUGCGGAUCUUUUCAUCCAGGCGGCGAAUUCGUUCAAGAUGCAGAAGCAGCUGAGGGAGGCGGGCCAGGCGUUCGAGCAGGCGGCGGAGAUCCAGACCAAGUACCUCAACGAUCCCGACGAUGCGGCCAAUACCAUGGUCGAUGCGUUCAAGUCCUACCGAACUGUCGAUGCCGAUGCCGCUAGCAGAUGUCUCGAUGUUGCCGUACAGCGAUACUGCGUGAAGGGUAACUUCCGACGGGCCGCGACACACAAGGAGAGCCUUGGUGAUCUGUACGAGAACGAACUGAAUGAUAACAACAAGGCUAUCGAGUGUUACGAAGCUGCGGCUGGGUGGUAUGAAGGUGACAACGCUAUUGCCCUCGCAAAUAAGCUUUGGCUCAAGGUUGCCGACCUCGCAGCCCUAGAAGGGGAUUACCACAAGGCAAUCGGGAACUUCGAAAAGGUCGCCAAGGCAUCCGUCAGCAACAACCUCAUGAAGUACUCUGUAAAAGACUACUUCCUCAAGGCUGGAAUCUGCUACCUUGCCACCGGCGAUCUUAUUGCCGCUCAACGCGCCAUAGGCGGCUACGCCGAACUAGAUCCGGGUUUCGCUUCUCAACGGGAAAACCUGCUGCUCAACGACAUCUUGGCUUCUGUUCAAGCGGGUGACCCUGAGGACUUUGCCGACAAGCUUUACAUGUACGACCAGGUUAGCAAGCUGGACAAGUGGAAGACGACGAUAUUACUGAGGGUGAAGAACAAUAUUGUCAAGGCGGAAGAUGAGGGUGGUGAUGAUGAGUUUGCUUAG